AUGAAUGAAAACAUAAAAGAUAUGAUCCUGGAUGAGUGGACAGACCCUGAAAGAAGACUGGGGGUAUCAAGGGAAUUCAGGAAUAGGCUAUUCGAUCCAGACGACGUUAAACUGUUUAAUGAAACCCCAAAAAUUUACAUUCAGGUAGCCAAGAAGACCUCCCUCCCAUUCGAGGACUCGUCACAACUGCAGGACCCAAUGGAAAGGAAGGCUGCAAAAAAAACCUGGGCGGCAUCUAUGUUUGGUAUUAAAACCAACAUAGCUGCGACGUCGGUGGCUAGGUCCAUGUGUUUCUGGCUCAAUGAGUUGGGAGACCAUAUUAAAAACAAAACCCCAAGAGAGGAAAUAUUAAAUUCUAUUCCACUCCUCAGAUCAGCCACUGCCUUCUUGGCGGAUGCCUCAGCGGAAUCGGUGAGGUUUGCCGCCAAGGAUGCUGCUCUCACCAAUUCAGCUAGAAGGGCAUUGUGGAUGAAAGCAUGGGGAGGGGAUAAAACAUCAAAAGCGAAGCUAUGUUCUAUAGCUUUUUCCGGGGAAUACGUUUUUGGACCCGUGUUAGACUCCAUUCUUGAGAAGGCUGCAGAUAAAAAGAAAGGGUUUCCGGAGGAAAGUAAAAAGAAGCCCUUUCGUUCCUUCAAUUCCCAGACUAGACCCUAUAGGGGCAAAGAUUGUCCAUCACACGAUCAGUUCCAGCUUCUGGAUGUUCAGGGUACUAUCAUACAGUACCUAGAUUCAACAAAGGAAUUUAGAAAGGAUGAUAAUCUUGUUCAAUACGCAGGUCCAAACGAGGGAAAAAAGGCAUCCAAAGCCUCUAUUGGACGAUGGAUUAGAUCUACCAUUGCCUGUUGCUAUCAAAAAUCUGGUCUAAACAGCCCCACAAAUAUAAAAGCCCACUCCACAAGAGCUAUGUCUUCUUUACUUAUAACAGCAGACUCAACACUUGAACAUGGCAUUCUCAGUUUUGUACACAGAAGGUUACGAGGCCAAGAACGCAGAGAGAUCCAAAAAGAAAUUUUAUCUGUUUUGGGAUUGUCACAUAGACCAAGACCUCACUUACAUGAGAAACCUACAUCUGCUCCAACGUUUAUGAUGGAUUUGUACAAUUCAGUGAAUGUCAAAGAAGAAAAAAAUGCAGAGUUCUCCAUCUUUAAACAAUUUCUCAGGGAUAAUGAAAUUUCAGUUGUUAGUCCACAGGAGAACCACUUUCUUGCUGAUGCUGAUCUAGUAAUGAGUUUUGUAAAUCCUGAGAAUGACACUGAACUUUGUCACCAAUGCUACAGUAAGGAACUGAGAUUUAAUCUUGCAGACAUACCCGUUGGGAAAUUGACAGUAGCCGAGCUAAGAAUAUUUAAAAAUCAAAUCCCCUAUAAUGAAACAUACCAGAUAAGUGUCUACCAAGUGAUUGAAGAAAACACAAGUAAGUUACUGAAGCUUGAUACUCAAAUUAUCUAUGGAUCAGACAAUGGAUGGUUGACAUUUGACAUUACUUCAACUAGUAAUGCUUGGGUUGUGAAUCAACAGUACAGUCUUGGCCUGCAAUUGAUGGUUGAGACUAUAGACCACAGAAAAAUUCAACCAGGAUUUGUAGGUCUAGUUGGCCGAAGUGGUUCACAGGAGAAGCAGCCAUUUAUUGUGGCAUUUUUUAGAUCUGAAACGAACCACCUCCGUAGUGUCAGUGUCUACCAGUGGAAACAUUGGAAUCUGGAGAAGGCCAAGGGAUCAAAAGAGCAAGGAGAACUUCCAAUUGGCAAUCUCACCGAGAGUUUUAUGAGCAGCAGACUAAUGGUGGCCGGCGCUUCUAAACACGCAUGUAAGAAGCAUGAACUAUAUGUAAGUUUCCGUGAUCUUGGUUGGCAAGAUUGGAUCAUUGCUCCAGAAGGCUAUGCUGCAUAUUACUGUGAUGGAGAAUGUGCUUUCCCACUGAAUUCUUACAUGAAUGCCACCAAUCAUGCCAUUGUCCAAACUUUAGUUCACUUUAUUAAUCCAGACACUGUUCCUAAACCAUGCUGUGCCCCUAGAGAACUCCAAGGAAUAUCAGUGUUGUAUUUUGAUGAUGGUUCCAAUGUUAUACUAAAGUCAUAUAGAAACAUGGUGGUUGCAUCCUGUGGCUGCCACUAG